AUGGGUCAAAAAAUUAUACCAAUUAGUUUAAGAUUAAAAAAUAGAAAAAAUUGGCAUUCACAAUGGAUAGUUGAAAAAAAAAACUAUGCUGAAAUAUUACAUUUUGAUUUAGAAUUACGAAAAUAUAUAGAAACAUUAUUAAAUAAUAAAAAAAUAUCAACUUUACAAAUAAAAAUAAAUAAAGUUUCUAAAAAUUUAUAUAUUUAUGUUUUUGUACAUAAUACUUUUAAAAAAGAAAUUUUAAAAAAACAAUCAAAUAUAUUAUUUCAUUUAAAUUCGUAUUUAAAUAAUAAAUACAAUAUAAAACUUUUUUUUUUAAAAGCACAUUUUAAAUUAAAUAAUUAUCAAAAAAAUUUAAGAUUUUAUAUUUAUAAAUAUUUAAAAAAAAAAAGACGUAGACUUAAAGAUAAAAAAAUAUUAAAAUUUUUAAGUAUAUGUCAAAUUGCUUUUACUUUAGGUAAAAUGAAUAUUAUUUCUAAAUAUAUUGUUCGAACUAUUAAAAAAAAAAAAAUACAUAGAGGUUAUUUAAAUUUUAUUAAUAGAAUUUUAAAAGAAUAUUUUAAAAUGAAUUCGAAAAUAUUAGGAUAUAAAUUACAAGUAAAAGGUAGAGUAAAUGGUGCUAAACGUAAACGAAAAUUAGUUUAUCAAGAAGGACGUAUUCCUUUAAGUAGUUUAGAUAAAAAUAUACAAUAUACUUUUGAUGAAUUUAUUACAAAAUCAGGUGUUUGUAGUGUUAAAAUGUGGUUUUAUUUAAAAGAUACUACUAAAUUAAAUAAAUUAGUAAAACUUAAAAAAAUAAAAGGACAUUUUAAAAAUAAUUCAAAAAAAAUGUUAAAUUUUAAAAAUAAACAACAAAAAAAUAAAUAUACUUUUAAUUUAUCUAAAAAAUAA